ACCACAUCGUGAUCGAACAAUCAGUGUAUGAUCUGACUUACGUAACUGGCAAACAAAACCACCUUAAUCAAAUAAUGGACGCACAUUCCUCCACCCUUUUGAAACUGGUUUAUCUUAUAACUUAUUCCAAAUAUUAAUCUUGCAUGUCUCGUCAUCAGUUCGUACACCCAGUACUGUAGGAAUCUACCUCUUCUAUUACUCUUCUGAGUUAUAAAAACACUUAUUAUUUUAAGGUGACACGAGCACAGUAGCGUAACUAUCCAACAAAAUAAUUUUAAUUUAAGGAAGAUGAAGUGCUUGCCUAUUUCACUGACGGUUUUUGUCAGUGCGAUCCUCGGCGUAUCUGGUCAAAGCCCCAGCCCUAGAGUGAUAGUAGCCGAAGGUGAUCUUGUGGGGAAGACGGUUCAGUUCAGUGAGGAUCGGUACAUCAACGUAACCAAAGAUGUCGAUGUGUUUCUGGGUAUUCCAUACGCAAGUCCUCCGACGAGGUUUGCUCCUCCGGAGCCCAUGACGACUUGGGUAGGUGACAGAAAUGCCACGGAGUUCUCACCUGCUUGCCAGCAAGCUCCUUCACCAGUGUACUUCCCGGUUUUGUCGGAAGACUGUCUCUACCUGAACAUCUACACUCCAAGCCCAAAGCCAUCUGGUAUACCUGUCCUUGUGUGGAUACACGGAGGGGGGUUUUCAGCUGGGACAGCAAUGACUUAUGACUACUACGGAGUUCCUCUUGUCGCCGUCGGUGACGUCAUAGUGGUAACCUUCAACUACCGUUUGGCAAUCUUUGCACAGUUUUCUACUGAGGAUGCUGAAUCUCCUGGCAAUUACGGGAUGUUGGACCAAGUUGCUGCUUUAAAAUGGAUUUACAACAACAUCGAAGCUUUUGGUGGUGAUAAGGACCAGAUAACUAUCUUUGGAGAAAGCGCGGGAUCAGCGAGUGUCAAUUUUCAUCUCCUUUCAGAACUCAGUAGAGGCCUGUUUAACCAGGCAAUUCUUCAGAGUGGAACAACAUUGAGUCCUUGGGCUUUUAAGCACGAUCCAGCUAGCGAAGUUGAAAAAGCACAGCAACUUGGAAGAGAGAUGGGUUGUGAAGAUGUCUUCUCCACCUCUGCUUUGGUUUCUUGUCUGAGAGACAUAGAAGACCCGGUGGCCCUGAGCACAGCAGCGGAUAAGGUUUAUGCAGCGUUUUAUCCCGUCACUGUGGAUGGAACUUUCUUGAAAGAGACACCGACCAAACACUAUGAGAUCGGCAAUUUCGUCAACUUGCCCAUGAUGAUAGGUUUUAACAGAGACGAGGGAACCUUGAUACCAUUCUUGUUCUUUCCACAAUACGUUGGAAGUCCUACACCACCAGAAAUCAACAGAACCACAUUCGAGUACAUCAUCAAGACUAUCAUGACCAGCAAUGGUAGAGAUGAUGAGAUCGUAUACGACGCCGUAUUCCAGGAAUAUAUUGACUGGACAAUUGCAGACGAUCCAGAAAGUGAUUACUUCCAGUCAUUGGUGAAUUUUGGCACCGAUUCAGAAUUUGCCUGUCCUUCUGAUUUUGUCAUGAGAAAACACCAAGAAGCUGGUUCGACUGUUCACAAAUAUUUCAUGACGCAUGCACCAUCCAAGAGUUUAUUGAUGCAUGGAGACAUAUAUCCGAACAUACCUUGGAUAGGCGCUGGGCACGCAGAAGAUUUGACAUUUGUGUGGGGCCACCCUUUCAUCGAUGAACUUUAUAACAUCCGCGGACAUAAUAUGACAGACGAAGAAAACGCCCUGUCCGUCAAGUUCAUGCAAUUUUGGACUAACUUUGCCAAAUCGGGUGAUCCCAGCAAGUCAAGCAUUGAAGGAGAAGCAGGAGUAGGAGUCGAUUCUUGGCCCUUGUACACGAUCCCCGAGCUCAAACACAAGGAACUAUCCCUAGAACUGGGUGAAGGCAGAGCUGUGUUGGCGAGACAGUGCCAUUUCUGGAACGAAUAUUUACCAGAUCUAGAGACAUUUGCAAACACUAUUGACGAGGAUGAGAGAGAAUGGCGGGAGAGCUAUGAUGAUUGGAAGGAUGAAAUGACCGACUGGCAGCAGGCCUUUGAAGAAUACAAACAACUACCAACGUGCAAUUAAACGACAAUCAUAUUCCAUUGGAACAACUUGUAAAAGGAUAGGAAUUGACAUUUGUAGAAUAGUUGUGUUAUUAGAUUCAUUUACUACAAAUGAUAAUGUAUUCUAAUUUAUUUUUUAUGCAAAAUAAUGUAAAAUACAGGACAUUUCGACCAAAAAGUGUUUUUUUAUAUACUUUUAAAAACACAAUGGACCCACGCGUUGAAAGGUAAAAUUUAAUAGACAGUACAGUGUAAUUCUCUCUUACAAAAGAUUAACUUAUUUCCAUUAGUAUAAUGGAACAGGGUUGGCUGAUUCAGAUCACGUUGAUUUAAAUCACUAUGAUUAAAAAAAAUCAUUUAUUCACUUCCAUUGAACGUGUACAAAUGAAUGAUUAUUUUUUCGUUGUUGUGUUUUUUUUACUCAAAUGAAGAAGAUUCAUAUCUACUCAGAGCUAUUGAAAUCAGGUCAAUACAAUUAAGAUAAUUUUGCAAAACCAAAGAUGUACAUGUAGUUUAUAUAACACUAACAUGUAGACCCCUACUCCACUUUUAUAUGUGGGCUAACCAAAUUUUCCCUGUAAUUUUUUUCUUUGAUAAUGAUAAGAAACAAAGUUCUUGUUUCUUUAUGUCAAAAUCCAAAAGUGUUUUUAGAGGACAUUUUAAAAGAAAAUAUAAGAGUAAGUCAAGGGUUAUUGGCAGUUCUUCUAUUCUGAUCAUUCACAUGAUCUACUACAUUUUGCUAUCCAUAUCUAUCCUUAGCAAUAGCACUUCAGAACAAAAAAUAUGUAAAAAUUUAAAAAGAGGAAUUAAAAAAAGAAACCUUAAACUUUUAAGGCUGAAUUCCAUCAGAGAAUUUUGCCAGGAUGGGUUUGAACCAAGGCCUGUUCAGACUUUCUGUAUACGAUUGUGCUUCAUUCAGCGGGUACACUGAGAAAGGUUCCGUAUUCCAUGUAUAUAUAUAUAAAAUAAUGUAUGCAUGCUAUAGGUAAAUGACACUAAAUCAUGGCUACAACCAUACAUUUUGUGUCGUAUGCCAAAAGUGAGCAUUUAUUUGUGUAAACUUCUCAGUGAAUAUGUUGAAUUGAGUGCUAUAAUACAUAAAAUCUGCAUUGUCCCUGGUAACCCAUAGUUUAAAAUUAUAUUAUUUUACAUGUAUUUAAAAAACAUACACUCUAGUAAUGUUGUAGCUGUAGAACCCAUUUUCUCAUUUUAGCAAAACUGCUAAGAACUGUGAAAUAAUACUAUCCAGGUUUAUUGUGAAAAAAAUCAUUCAAAUCAACUUGAAACUUUUUUCCUAAUCGGUCAGAGCUUUGCAAGUCAAUGCUUUGAAACAGUCAGAGUUCCAAAUUUAUGUUCGAGGUUUAAACAAACAAAAAAUAAAUGCAGUUUUCUUUAACAUGAUCUUUAGCCCUUGGCUUAAAAAUUAAAAAAAUGUUUUUCUUUGGAGAAUGGGAGUCUCAGGGCCAUAAAAUUAUUCCAAAGGAAUUGAUCCUCAUUUCAUGUUAAGAGCUUUGGAUAGGAACACCAAUUAUGCAGCAAUAGCUUACCAAGGCAGUUCAUCAACUUGGAUUGAACCAGUCAGUAGGAGCUCCCUACAUCAGAGGACGCAAAAAAAAAAUGCCAUACAAAAAUUAGCCAACCCUGUAAUGAAAUGGAUGAAUAUAUAUAACUCUAAACCUAUUGCAAUCCUAACCCUCACUCUCCACCAUAGACGAAAUUAAGCCUGGAUCAAUUGUCGCAGGAGCUUAUGUCGUGUCACCGAAUUUUCAUUAUAUCGAAAGGUUAGUCUUUAAGUCCGUCAAGGUUUUAUAGUGUAACAAAAGGUACAAUAAAUUAUGAAGAUUAAAGCAAA